CUGCCGGCGCCGGGACGCCCGGUCAGUGUCUCCGCGGCAGCUCCCGGCGGCUACCCCCGCACCAACCCGGCCGGUGCCCGCCAGCCCAGGGCCACCGACCCGCCGCCCAGCCCAGCCCAGCCCAGCCCAGCCCAGCCAUGGCCGAAGGCGGCGGCGAGGGGGAGGACGACGUGCAGUUUCUGCGGACGGAUGAUGAAGUUGUCCUUCAGAGUUCGACCGUCAUCUUCAACGAACAGCUCAAGUUAUGUCUCGCUGCCGAAGGCUUUGGAAAUCGGCUCUGUUUUCUGGAACCUACCUCUAACGCUCAGAAAGUCCCUCCAGAUCUGGCGAUAUGCUGCUUCAGUUUGGAACAAUCCUUGUCCGUACGAGCUCUGCAGGAAAUGCUGGCCAAUACAGUGGAAGUGGGUGCCGAGGGUGUUGACUUGGACAAGUGGUCCUCUCAAGGUGGUGGACACCGGACCCUGCUGUAUGGGCACGCUAUUCUUCUCCGGCAUUGCCACAGUGGCAUGUAUUUAAGCUGCUUGACCACAUCUCGCUCCUUGACGGAUAAACUUGCCUUUGACGUGGGCCUUCAAGAGGAUGCUUCAGGGGAAGCCUGUUGGUGGACCAUCCACCCUGCCUCAAAGCAGCGAUCGGAAGGGGAGAAGGUGCGCGUGGGGGACGACCUCAUCCUCGUCAGUGUCUCUUCUGAACGGUAUCUGCAUUUAUCCACCGCCAGUGGAGAACUUCAGACUGAUGCCUCUUUCAUGCAAACCCUUUGGAACAUGAACCCCAUCAGCUCUGGCUGCGAGGAAGGGUAUGUGACCGGUGGCCAUGUCAUGCGGCUCUUCCACGGCCACAUGGAUGAAUGCCUCACCAUCUCCACCACAGACCAGAAUGAAGAGCAGCGCAGGGUGGUGAACUACGAAGGGGGGGCCGUCUGUUCCCAGGCCCGAUCCCUCUGGCGCCUGGAGCCGCUCCGCAUCAGCUGGAGCGGCAGCCACAUGAAAUGGGGUCAGCCAUUUCGUGUCCGUCACGUCACAACGGGAUGCUACUUGGGACUGUCUGAGGAGAAGGGCCUGGUUGUGCUGGAUGCCGAGAAGGCCAACACCAAAGCAACGUCCUUCUGCUUCCGGAUCUCAAAGGAAAAGCUGGACGUGGCUCCAAAGCGAGACGUGGAAGGCAUGGGGGCCCCUGAGAUCAAAUACGGAGAGUCCAUGUGCUUUGUGCAACACGUGGACAGUGGCCUCUGGGUUACCUAUGCAGCUGCCGACGCCAAGGCGCUGCGUCUGGGAUUGCUCAAGAGGAGGGCCAUCUUGCAUCAAGAAGGGCAUAUGGACGAUGCCCUCUCGCUCACCCGCUGCCAGCGCGAGCAGUCGCAAGCCGCCCGCAUGAUCUACAGCACUUCCGGGCUUUACAACCAGUUCAUCAAAGGCCUGGAUACCCUGAUCGGAAAGGUCAAGCCCAGCAGCCCCGUGACUCUUCCCAUUGAAGGGAUGAUACUCAGCCUGCAGGAUCUGAUCAGCUACUUCCAGCAUCCUGAGGAAGAGCUCCGGCAUGAGGAGAAGCAGACCAAGCUCCGUUCCCUAAAGAACAGGCAAAACCUCUUCCAGGAGGAGGGGAUGAUCACCCUUGUCCUGAACUGCAUCGACCGUCUCAACGUGUACAGCACCGCAGCACACUUCGCUGAGUUUGCCGGGGAGGACGCAGCCGAGUCUUGGAAGGAGAUUGUGAAUUUGCUCUAUGAAUUGUUAGCCUCGCUGAUCCGUGGGAACCGCUCCAACUGUGCCCUGUUUUCCAACAACCUGGACUGGCUGGUCAGCAAGCUGGACCGAUUGGAGGCUUCCUCUGGCAUCUUGGAGGUUUUAUACUGUGUGCUCAUUGAAAGCCCAGAAGUGCUGAAUAUCAUCCAGGAAAACCACAUCAAGUCCAUCAUCUCCCUCCUGGACAAACAUGGGCGCAACCACAAGGUCCUGGACGUCCUCUGCUCCCUGUGCGUCUGCAACGGCGUGGCCGUCCGCUCCAACCAAAACCUGAUCACUGAAAACUUGCUGCCAGGGAGGGAUCUGCUCUUGCAAACUAGGCUCAUCAACCACGUCACCAGCAUGCGCCCCAACAUCUUCCUGGGGACCCAUGAAGGAUCCACCCAGUACAAGAAGUGGUAUUACGAGCUGAUUGUGGAUUCCGUGGAGUCCUUUGUGACCGCGCAGGCCACGCAUUUGCGGGUUGGCUGGGCCAUGGCUGAAGGCUACAGCCCCUACCCAGGGGGUGGAGAAGGCUGGGGCAGCAACGGCGUCGGGGAUGACCUUUACUCUUUCGGCUUUGAUGGCCUCCACCUUUGGUCAGGCCGCGUGGCUCGGGCAGUGACGUCCCCCGGGCAGCACAUGCUGGGGGCAGAUGACGUGGUCAGCUGCUGCCUCGACCUGAGUGUACCCAGUAUCUCUUUCCGCAUCAACGGCUUCCCCGUUCAAGGCAUGUUUGAGAACUUCAACCUGGAUGGGCUCUUUUUCCCCGUGAUCAGCUUCUCUGCGGGCAUCAAAGUGCGGUUCCUCCUGGGAGGGCGCCAUGGGGAUUUCAAGUUCCUGCCCCCCCCAGGCUACGCUCCGUGCUACGAGGGCCUCCUUCCCCGUGAGAAGAUGCGCGUGGAGCCCAUCAAGGAGUACAAGCACGACAUCAAUGGGUCCCGGAACCUCCUGGGGCCAACCCGGUCUUUGUUGCACACUUCGUUCACUCCCUACCCCGUGGAUACCAUGCAGAUUGUGUUGCCUCCUCAUCUGGAGAAGGUCCGUGAGAAAUUGGCCGAGAAUAUCCACGAACUUUGGGCCCUCACUCGCAUUGAGCAGGGAUGGAUAUAUGGACCUAUCCGGGAUGACAACAAGCGCCUGCACCCGUGUUUGCUGGAUUUCCACAGCCUUCCUGAGCCGGAGCGCAAUUAUAACCUGCAGAUGUCAGGAGAGACCCUGAAGACCUUGCUCGCCUUGGGCUGCCACGUAGGGAUGGCAGACGAGAAAGCUGAAGAGAACCUCAAGAAAACAAAGCUUCCUAAAACGUACAUGAUGUCCAAUGGCUACAAACCAGCACCAUUAGACCUCAACCACAUCAAGCUCACUCCAGCCCAGAAUACAUUGGUGGACAAGCUGGCUGAGAACGGGCACAAUGUCUGGGCAAGGGAUCGGGUCCAGCAGGGCUGGACGUACAGUGUUGUGCAGGACAUCAAAAACAAACGUAACCCCCGCCUGGUGCCCUACAACCUACUAGAUGAGCGGACCAAGAAAACAAACCGGGACAGCUUGCGGGAAGCGGUGCGGACACUCCUCGGCUAUGGAUACAACAUUGAACCGCCAGAUCAGGAAACCAGUCUAGAACUGACCAAAGGCCGGUCAGAAAAAGUCCGCAUUUUCCGGGCCGAGCAGUUCUACGCGGUGAAGUCGGGCAAGUGGUACUUUGAAUUUGAGGCCGUCACUACUGGCGAGAUGCGUGUGGGCUGGGCCCGCCCGAACGUGCGACCCGACGUGGAGCUGGGAGCAGACGACCGCUCCUACGUCUUCAACGGACACCGGGGUCAGCGUUGGCACAUAGGGAGUGAGCCUUUUGGCCGCCCCUGGCAACCGGGAGACGUGGUUGGCUGCAUGAUUGACCUGACCGACAACCACAUCAUGUUCACACUUAAUGGGGAGAUGUUGAUCAGUGACUCCGGGUCGGAGCUGGCCUUCAAGGAAAUAGAGACUGGAGAUGGCUUCAUCCCAGUGUGCAGCUUGGGCCUGUCCCAGGUGGGACGCCUCAACCUGGGCCAGGAUGUCAGCAGCCUUCGCUAUUUCACCAUCUGUGGCCUGCAGGAGGGUUACGAGCCCUUCGCCAUCAACACCAAGCGGGACGUCACCAUGUGGUUCAGCAAAAGCCUGCCCCAGUUCUCCCCGGUGCCAACCGAGCACCCUCAUUACGAGGUGUCACGGAUCGACGGCACUGUGGACAACCCACCGUGUCUAAAGCUGACGCACCGAACAUUCGGCUCCCAGAACGCCCUCGUGGAGCUCCUCUUCUUGCGUCUCAGCAUGCCCGUGGAGUUCCAUGAGAAGUUCAGGGUCCCGGCUGGUACCACUCCGCUCACCCACGCGCUCACCAUCCCUGAAGAUGAGGUCAAGGACGUCGACCUGGAUUCUGAGUACGAGCAGCUGAAGAAAACGGCCAGCCGCAAGGAGGCCGAGGAAGCUGAGAAGGAGAAGCAAGGCCAUGGUGCCCCCGCCCCACACAAGGAGCCCCCCAAAGAGGCCCCCAAAGCAGAGAACGAGAAGGAUACCUCCAAUGAGAAAAGCAAGGCCAAAAGAGGAUUCUUGUUCAAAGCCAAGAAAGCCACCACCCUCAUCAGUCCUCCCCCUGUAGUCCCCACCGUACCUCGACUUGAAGAGGAAGUAGUUCCCGAUGACCGGGAUGAUCCUGAGAUCAUCAUGAACACCACAACGUAUUAUUACUCCGUCCGGAUAUUUGCAGGCCAAGAGCCCACUUCUGUGUGGGUCGGCUGGGUGACGCCCGACUAUCACCAGCACGACAUGAACUUUGACCUCACGAAGGUGCGCAACGUCACUGUCACCAUGGGCGACGACAAGGGCAACAUCCACGACAGCAUCAAGAGAAGCAAUUGCUACAUGGUGUGGGGAGGGGACUUUGUCAGCAACACCCAGCAGACCCGAGUUAGCACGGUGGACCUGGUGAUCGGCUGCCUUGUUGACCUGGCGACAGGGCUCAUGACUUUCACAGCCAAUGGGAAAGAAGUCAACACUUUCUUCCAGGUGGAGCCGAACACAAAACUGUUUCCCGCUGUGGUCGUUUUCCCAACAAACCAGAAUGUAAUCCAAUUUGAACUUGGCAAACUGAAGAACAUUAUGCCCAUCUCGGCUGCCAUGUUCCGCAGUGAGCGGAAGAACCCGGAACCCCAGUCCCCACCUCGCCUUGGCAUCCAGGUGCUGGCACCAAUGACCUGGAGCCGUAUGCCCAAUGAGUUUCUAUGGGUGGACGUUGCUCGCUUUAGUGACCGGCACGGCUGGAUGGUUGAAUGCCUGGAACCAAACAUAAUGAUGGCUCUCCACAUCCCAGAGGAAAAUCGAUGCAUAGACGUUCUGGAACUGUCGGAGCGUCAGGACCUGUUGACGUUUCAUUCCCACACCCUGAAGCUGUACUGUGCGGUGUGCGCCUUGGGCAACAACCGGGUGGCCCAUGCCCUGUGCAGCCACGUGGAUGAGUCCCAGCUGCUUUACACCAUCGAGAGCAACCACCUGCCGGGCUUGCUGCGCGGCGGCUACUACGACCUCCUCAUCAGCAUGCACCUGGAAUCGGCCAAGCGCUCCCGCCUCAUGAUGAACAGCGAGUUCAUCGUCCCUAUGACGGACGAGACCAAGAGCAUCACGCUGUUCCCGGAGGGGCCCAAGAAGCCUGGGAUGCCUGGGGUGGGCAUGAGCACCUGCCUGCGUCCCCCGCUCCACUUCGCAGACACCUGCUUCGUCAGCACCAGCUCCGAGCUCUACCAGCUGAGUCCUUCCAUCCCCUUGGACGCGCUGAAGGUGAAGGCCAUCAACAUGCUGACAGAGGCUGUCCAGGAUGGGGGGCAACACACCCGUGACCCUGUCGGGGGCAGCGUGGAGUUCCAGUUUGUGCCCGUUCUCAAGUUGGUCUGCACCCUCCUCAUCAUGGGUGUGUUUGAGGAUGAGGAUGUGCGCCAUAUCCUCAAAAUGAUUGACCCCAAUGUCUUCGGAGAAUCCAAGGAGGAGGAGGAGGAGGAAUUGCCUGUGGGUGCUGAGGAGGCAGCAGGGGAAGUAGAAGAGCAGGUCUACGUGGAGGAGGAGGAAGAGGAGGAGGAGGAGGAGGAGGCUGGAGGGGAGCAGAAGGAAGAAGCUGAGGAAGGCGAAAAGCAGGAGCUGAAAGCCAUUGAGGCUGGAGAAGCUGAACCCAAAGAGGAUGAGGAAGGGCUGGAAGAGGGGCUGCUGCAAAUGAAGCUUCCCGAGUCAGUCAAGCUGCAGAUGUGCAACCUGCUGCAGUUCUUCUGGGACCGCGAGCUGCAGCACCGUGUGGAGGCCAUCAUUGCUUUUUCGGAGCGCUACAUGGACCGGCUGCAGACCAACCAACGGCAGCGCUACUCCACCCUGAUGCAGGCCAUCUCCAUGUCCGCUGCGGAGACGGCCAGGCGCACCCGUGAAUUCCGCUCCCCCCCCCAGGAGCAGAUCAACAUGCUGCUGCAGUUUAAGAAUGGUGCCGAUCUUGAGGACUGCCCGGUACCUGAAGACAUCCGAGAUGAACUGCAGGAAUUCCACACUGACCUGCUAACCCACUGCGGAAUCCAAAGUGAGGGGGAAGAGGAAGAAGAGGAGGAAGACACUUCCUUUCACCGGCGGUUGAUGAGUUUGGUGGAGAAGGUGGUGAGCUUCCGCAAGAAGAAGGAAGAACAGGAAGAUGAGCAGCCUCCAGAAGAGGAACCAAAGCCCAGCACGUUGCAAGAGCUGAUCUCACACACGAUGGUCCAUUGGGCCCAAGAGUCCUUCAUCCAGAACCCAGAGCUAGUUCGGUUGAUGUUCAGCCUUCUCCAUCGGCAAUACGAUGGCCUUGGUGAGCUAAUCCGCGCCCUGCCCAAGGCCUAUACCAUCAACGCCAACUCAGUAGAGGAUACCAUGAGUCUCCUGGAGUGCCUGGGGCAGAUCCGCUCACUGCUCAUUGUUCAGAUGGGACCUGAGGAGGAGACCCUGAUGAUACAGAGUAUUGGCAAUAUUAUGAACAACAAAGUCUUCUACCAGCAUCCCAACCUGAUGAGGGCCCUGGGAAUGCAUGAGACUGUCAUGGAAGUGAUGGUGAACGUCCUGGGAGGAGGAGACUCAAAGGAGAUCCGCUUCCCUAAAAUGGUGACCAACUGUUGCCGCUUCUUGUGCUACUUCUGCCGAAUUAGUCGCCAGAACCAACGUUCCAUGUUUGACCAUCUCAGCUACCUGCUGCAGAACAGCGGGAUUGGGCUGGGCAUGCGAGGAUCCACUCCCUUGGAUGUGGCUGCUGCUUCUGUCAUUGAUAACAAUGAGCUGGCCCUGGCUCUGCAGGAGCAAGAUCUGGAAAAGGUGGUGACCUACCUUGCCGGCACUGGCCUCCAGAGCUGCCCUAUGUUGCUCUCCAAGGGAUAUCCUGACAUUGGUUGGAACCCCUGUGGAGGCGAGCGGUACCUGGACUUCCUGCGCUUCACUGUCUUCGUCAAUGGUGAGAGCGUGGAGGAGAACGCCAACGUGGUUGUGCGCCUGUUGAUCCGUCGCCCGGAAUGCUUUGGCCCGGCCCUGCGUGGGGAAGGAGGCAACGGGCUGCUGGCAGCCAUAGAAGAGGCCAUCCAGAUCUCUCAGGAUCCUGCCCGGGAUGGGCCUACCAUCAAGAAAGAUCGCCGUCGGGAAUUAUUUGGGGGAGAAGAAACUCAUGAGGAGUACCGGGUCCAUUUGGGCAACGCAGUCAUGUCCUUCUACGCCGCCCUCAUUGAUCUGCUGGGACGCUGUGCCCCUGAGAUGCAUCUCAUCCAGGCUGGGAAGGGGGAAGCCCUCCGGAUCAGAGCAAUCUUGCGUUCCUUAGUGCCCAUCGAAGACCUCGUUGGAGUCAUCAGCCUCCCGCUGCAGAUCCCGUCAUUCGGCAAAGAUGGCAGCGUCAUUGAGCCCAAGAUGUCUGCCAGCUUUGUGCCUGACCACAAGGCACCCAUGGUGUUGUUCCUGGACCGUGUGUACGGCAUUGAGAACCAGGACUUCCUCCUCCAUGUGCUAGAAGUGGGCUUUCUGCCGGACAUGAGAGCUGCGGCCUCCUUGGACACAGCUGCCUUUAGCACCACAGAGAUGGCCCUGGCCAUGAACCGCUACCUCUGCCAGGCUGUGCUGCCGCUCAUCACCAAAUGUGCCCCUCUCUUUGCUGGCACCGAGCACCGGGCUAUCAUGGUGGAUUCCAUGCUGCACACCAUCUACCGGCUGUCCCGUGGGCGCUCCCUUACCAAGGCCCAGCGUGACGUCAUUGAGGAGUGCCUCAUGGCACUGUGCAAGUAUAUCAGGCCCUCCAUGCUCCAGCAUCUUCUCCGCCGGCUGGUGUUUGAUGUGCCCAUCCUCAAUGAAUUUGCCAAAAUGCCUCUCAAGCUGCUGACCAAUCAUUAUGAGCGUUGCUGGAAGUAUUACUGCCUUCCCACUGGUUGGGCCAACUAUGGGGUCACGUCGGAGGAGGAACUUCACCUGACACGGAAACUCUUCUGGGGCAUCUUCGAGUCAUUGUCCCAUAAGAAAUUUGACCCCGAUCUGUACAAGCUGGCCAUGCCCUGCCUGUGUGCCAUUGCUGGUGCCAUCCCCCCCGACUACGUGGAUGCUAGCUACUCUUCCAAAACAGAGAAGAAGGCUUCUGUGGAUGCCGAGGGCAACUUUGAUCCCAAGCCUGUGGAAACACUGAACGUCAUCAUUCCCGAGAAGCUGGACUCUUUCAUCAACAAGUAUGCUGAGUACAGUCAUGAGAAGUGGGCUUUUGACAAGAUUCAGAAUAACUGGUCCUUUGGGGAGGCAGUUGAUGAGGAGGCCAAGACAAAUCCUAUGUUGCGUCCUUAUAAAACGUUUUCUGAAAAGGAUAAAGAAAUUUACAGAUGGCCCAUCAAAGAAUCUCUGAAGGCCAUGAUUGCUUGGGAGUGGAUGAUUGAGAAAGCCCGCGAGGGCGACGAGGAGAAAACUGAAAAGAAGAAAACCCGCAAAGUCUCACAGUCAGCCCAGACCUAUGACCCCAGCCAUGGUUACAACCCUCAGCCUAUAGAUCUGUCUGGAGUGACCCUUUCCAGGGAAUUACAGGCCAUGGCGGAGCAGCUGGCUGAGAACUAUCACAACACCUGGGGACGCAAGAAGAAAUUAGAGCUGGAGAGCAAAGGAGGCGGAACCCACCCCUUGCUGGUGCCUUAUGACACACUGACCGCCAAGGAGAAGGCCCGGGACCGGGAAAAAGCUCAGGAGUUGCUUAAAUUCCUACAGCUUAAUGGCUACGCUGUGACUCGGGGUUUGAAGGACAUGGAAUUGGACACUUCAUCCAUUGAGAAACGCUUUGCCUUCGGGUUCCUGCAGCAGCUGCUGAAAUGGAUGGACAUCUCCCAGGAGUUCAUUGCCCACCUGGAGGCUGUGGUGAGCAGCGGACGAGUAGAGAAGUCUCCACACGAGCAGGAGAUCAAAUUCUUUGCCAAGAUCCUGCUGCCCCUCAUCAACCAGUACUUCACCAACCACUGCCUCUACUUCCUGUCCACCCCAGCCAAGGUCCUGGGCAGUGGAGGCCAUGCCUCCAACAAAGAGAAGGAGAUGAUAACUAGCCUUUUCUGCAAACUGGCAGCCCUGGUCAGGCACCGGGUCUCUCUCUUUGGUACCGAUGCUGCUGCUGUGGUUAACUGUCUCCACAUCCUUGCUCGCUCCUUGGAUGCCAGGACAGUGAUGAAAUCAGGCCCUGAAAUUGUCAAGGCUGGGCUGCGGUCUUUCUUUGAAAGUGCCUCAGAUGACAUUGAGAAGAUGGUGGAGAACCUCAAGCUUGGCAAAGUGUCCCAAACCCGCACUCAGGUCAAGGGCGUGGGGCAGAACAUCACCUACACCACCGUGGCUCUGCUGCCCGUCCUCACCUCCCUCUUCGAACACAUCGCCCAGCACCAGUUUGGGGACGAUGUCAUUUUGGAUGACGUACAGGUCUCCUGCUACCGAACUCUGUGCAGUAUCUACUCAUUGGGGACCACCAAAAAUCCGUACGUGGAGAGACAGAGGCCCCAGCUUGGAGAGUGCUUGGCACGGCUGGCAGCGGCGAAGCCGGUGGCCUUCCUCGAGCCGCACCUGAACGAAUACAACCCUUGCUCGGUUUACACCACCAAGUCCCCGAGGGAGCGAGCCAUCUUAGGCCUACCAAACUGUGUGGAGGAGAUGUGUCCAGACAUCCCAGUCCUGGAGAAGCUGAUGAAGGACAUCAAUGGGCUGGCGGAGUCAGGGGCUCGCUAUACCGAAAUGCCCCAUGUCAUUGAGGUCACCUUGCCCAUGCUUUGCAACUACCUGCCCCGUUGGUGGGAGCGGGGUCCGGAGACCAACACUCAGGGGCCCUGGUGCACCGAAGUGACUUCGGACCACCUCAACACCUUGCUGGGAAACAUCCUGAAGAUCGUUGUCAACAACCUGGGCAUAGACGAAGCUUCUUGGAUGAAGCGGUUGGCUGUCUUUGCUCAGCCCAUUGUCAGCAAGGCAAAGCCUGAGCUGCUGCGUUCCCACUUCAUCCCCACCAUGGAGAAACUGAAGAAGCGGGCUGGGAAAGUGGUCGCUGAGGAGGAACAGCUGCGGUUGGAGGCCAAGGCAGAAUCGGAGGACACGGAGCUUCUAAUCCGGGAUGAGUUUUCAGUGCUGUGUCGGGACCUCUACGCCCUUUAUCCCCUGCUGAUCCGCUAUGUGGACAACAACAGGGCCCACUGGUUGACCGAGCCCAACUCAGAUGCUGAGGAGCUGUUCCGGAUGAUUGGGGAAGUGUUCAUUUACUGGUCCAAGUCGCACAACUUCAAGCGCGAAGAGCAGAACUUCGUUGUUCAGAAUGAGAUCAACAACAUGUCCUUCCUGACAGCCGACAGCAAAAGCAAGAUGUCCAAGUCUGAAGAAAGCCAGUCAGGCGGCUCCGACCAGGAACGGCACAAGAAGAAACGCCGGGGGGACCGCUAUUCUGUCCACACGUCCCUCAUCGUGGCCACGCUGAAGAAGAUGCUUCCCAUCGGCCUGAACAUGUGCUCCCCGACUGACCAAGAGCUGAUCAGCCUGGCCAAGAUACGCUAUGCCCUGAAAGACACUGACGAAGAGGUGCGUGAAUAUCUCAACAACAACCUACAUCUUCAAGGCAAGUGUGAGAAUUCCUCGUCCAUGCGCUGGCAGAUGGCUCUCUACAAGGAGAUGUCCGGGAAAGCCGAGGACUCUAACAAGCCAGAGAAAAUUGUCAAGCGGGUGCAAGAGGUCUCAGCGGUGCUCUACCACCUGGAGCAGCUCGAGCACCCGUACAAAUCCAAGAAGGCUGUGUGGCACAAAUUGCUCUCCAAGCAGCGGCGGCGUGCAGUGGUCGCAUGCUUCCGCAUGACGCCCCUCUACAACCUGCCCAGGCAUCGGGCUUGCAACAUGUUCCUGGAGAGCUACAAGUACUCCUGGAUCUUCACUGAAGAACACCCCUUUGAAGACAGGAUGAUCGAUGACCUGUCUAAGCCUGGACAGCAGGAAGAGGAGGAGGAGGAGGAGGCAGAAAAGAAGCCAGACCCUUUGCAUCAGCUCAUUCUACAUUUUAGCAGGACGGCGUUAACAGAGAAGAGCAAACUGGAUGAAGACUAUCUGUACAUGGCGUAUGCUGAUAUCAUGGCCAAGAGCUGCCACAUUAACGAAGGAGAAGAAGAAGGCAAUGGGGAACAGGAAGAAGAUGAAGUGCCAUUUGAGGAAAAGGAGAUGGAGAAGCAGAAGCUUUUGUACCAACAAUCCCGACUUCACAAUCGUGGAGCAGCUGAGAUGGUCCUGCAAAUGAUCAGCGCUUGUAAAGGGGAGCCUGGGGACAUGGUCGCCUCCACCCUGAAAUUGGGCAUCUCCAUCCUAAAUGGUGGCAAUGAGGAUGUGCAGCAGAAAAUGCUGGAUUAUCUGAAGGAGAAACGUGAGGUGGGAUUCUUCCAGAGCAUCCAGUCGCUAAUGCAGACAUGCAGCGUGCUAGAUCUCAAUGCUUUUGAGAGGCAAAACAAAGCUGAAGGACUUGGGAUGGUGACUGAGGAAGGAACAAUCAUCAGUCGUGAAAAUGGAGAGAAGGUGAUGGCCGACGACUUGUUUACACAGGACCUCUUUCGGUUCCUGCAGCUCCUUUGUGAAGGACACAACAAUGAUUUCCAGAACUAUCUGCGGACCCAGACGGGCAACACCAACACAAUCAACAUCAUAAUCUGCACGGUUGACUACCUCCUACGCCUUCAGGAGUCCAUCAGUGACUUUUACUGGUAUUAUUCAGGGAAGGACGUGAUUGACGAUCAGGGCAAAUGCAACUUCUCCAAAGCAAUGGCCGUGGCCAAACAGGUCUUCAACAGCCUCACUGAGUACAUCCAGGGGCCUUGCACUGGGAACCAGCAGAGUUUGGCACACAGCAGACUGUGGGAUGCUGUCAUCGGUUUUCUCCAUGUCUUUGCUCACAUGAUGAUGAAAUUGGCUCAGACGAGCCAACCCCCAGGGCUUCAAAACGGCGAGCAUUUUCAGAGUGAAUCCUACCCUGAGGAUUCCAGCCAAAUCGGGCUUCUGAAGGAGCUGUUGGACCUUCAAAAGGACAUGGUGGUGAUGUUGCUGUCUCUGCUGGAAGGAAAUGUGGUAAAUGGCACCAUUGCUCGGCAGAUGGUGGACAUGUUGGUGGAGUCCUCUAGCAACGUGGAGAUGAUCCUCAAAUUCUUUGAUAUGUUCUUGAAGCUGAAAGACAUUGUGGCAUCAGAUGCCUUCCGGGAUUACAUCACAGAUCCACGGGGCCUCAUCUCCAAGAAGGAUUUCCAGAAGGCCAUGGACAGUCAGAAGCAGUACACGGCGUCCGAGAUCCAGUUCCUUCUGUCCUGCUCAGAGGCUGAUGAGAAUGAGAUGAUAGACUAUGAGGAAUUCGCCAACCGUUUCCAGGAGCCUGCCAAAGAUAUUGGCUUCAACAUUGCUGUGCUGCUGACAAACCUCUCCGAGCACAUGCCUCAUGACCUCCGCCUCAAAACCUUCCUGGAGCUGGCAGAAUGCAUCCUCAACUACUUUAAUCCCUAUCUAGGCCGCAUCGAGAUUAUGGGUGCCAGCAAACGCAUCGAGCGCAUCUACUUUGAGAUCAGUGAGACCAACAAGACCCAGUGGGAGAUGCCCCAGGUCAAGGAGUCCAAGAGGCAGUUCAUCUUCGAUGUGGUCAAUGAAGGGGGUGAGUCAGAGAAGAUGGAACUCUUCAUCAACUUCUGUGAGGACACUAUCUUUGAGAUGCAGAUUGCAGCACAGAUUUCAGAGGAGGAAGGAGAGGAAGAGGAGGAAGAGGAGGAGGAAGCAGAAGGGAUAGAAAGUGGGGAAAAAGAGAAGGUGUCAGCACCUUCAGAGGCAUCUUCAGUCUUUGGUGAGUUCCUGGAGAGUGUCCUGAGUUUCUUCCACACGUUCACAUAUCGCAAUAUCCGCCGACAGUUCCGCAAAGUCAAGAAGAUGACAGUCAAAGAAAUGGCGGUGGGAGUGGCCACCUUCCUUUACACCAUCUUGAUGGGCGUCCUCUUCUUCUUCUACAAUGUCCUCAAGGGCUUCUUCCUCCUUAUCUGGAACACGCUGUUUGGUGGUGGCUUGGUGGAGGAAGCCAAGAAGCUCACAGUGACAGAACUGUUGGCCAGCAUGCCUGACCCAACCCAGGAUGAGGUUCAUGGAGAUGUUGCUCCCUCUGAGGAGCUUGCACAGGAAAUGGAAGAAGGGGAAGAAAUACAGGCUGUGGACCCUGGCAAGGAGGAAGCAUCUGGUGAAAGCGGAGAAGUUUUUGGAGCGGAUCCAAAGAAAGAGCAUUUCCGUUCAAUGGCCCCGGAUGCACCUGGUGGGCUUGGAGAUAUGGGGGACACAACCCCAGUGGAACCUCCCACACCUGAAGGGACACCCAUCCUCAAGAGGAAAUUGGGAGAGGAGGAAGAGGAGGAGGAGCUGCACCCAGCGCUGGAGAAGAUUGAGGAACCCCCCGUAGAGCCAGAGAAAGCUGAUGCUGAAAAUGGGGAGAAGGCUGCAAAGGAGGAAGAGGAGAAGAAAGAGGAGGAGAAAGAACCCAAGGAGGAAGAGCCGCCACCGCCAGCCAAGGAGAAGAAGAAGGUGGCCCAGCGUCCAGAAAAGAAAGAGCCCGAGCAGGGAUGCUCAGAAUUUUGGAAUGAGUUGGAGAUCCAAAGGGUCAAGUUCCUGAAUUACCUGUCCAGGAAUUUCUACAACCUACGCUUCCUCGCCCUCUUCCUGGCCUUUGCCAUCAACUUCAUCUUGCUGUUCUACAAGGUGUCCGACACACCACCUGGCGAGGAAGAGUUUGAGGGCUCUGGUCUUGAAGGGGAUCUGGACACAGGAUCUGGGGCAAGCUCCAGCUUUGGUGCAGAUGACAAUGGUGGCAACGGGGACGGCAAUGGCAACGGGGACGAGGAUGAUGAAGACAGUGUGGUCUAUUACUUCCUAGAGGAGAGCACGGGCUACAUGCAGCCGGCCUUACGGUUCCUGUCCAUCGUUCACACGUUGGUGGCUUUCCUCUGUAUCAUUGGCUACAACUGCCUCAAGGUGCCCCUGGUCAUUUUCAAGCGUGAGAAGGAGCUGGCCCGCAAGCUGGAGUUUAGUGGGCUGUAUAUCACGGAGCAACCGGAGGAUGACGACAUCAAAGGCCAGUGGGAUCGUCUGGUGCUCAACGCCCUGUCAUUCCCGAGCAAUUACUGGGAUAAGUUCAUCAAAAGAAAGGUCCUAGACAAAUACGGUGACAUCUACGGGCGAGAAAGGAUCGCAGAACUUUUAGGGAUGGAUUUGGCCAGCCUAGAAAUCACAGCCCAGAAUGAGAAGAAACCGGAGCCGGACAAAUCGUUCUUUACUUGGGUUAGUUCCAUCGACAUUAAGUACAAGAUCUGGAAAUUUGGAGUCAUCUUCACUGACAAUUCCUUCCUGUAUCUCUUCUGGUACAUGGUGAUGUCCAUCCUUGGCCAUUACAACAACUUCUUCUUUGCUUCCCAUCUUCUGGACAUCGCCAUGGGUGUCAAGACACUGCGGACCAUCUUGUCCUCUGUCACCCACAAUGGCAAACAGCUGAUGAUGACUGUGGGACUGCUGGCAGUGGUGGUCUACCUUUACACCGUGGUCGCCUUCAACUUCUUCCGCAAGUUCUACAACAAGAGUGAGGACGAGGAUGAACCUGACAUGAAAUGUGACGAUAUGAUGACGUGUUACCUGUUCCACAUGUAUGUUGGAGUGCGAGCUGGUGGCGGCAUCGGUGAUGAGAUCGAAGAUCCGGCAGGGGACGAGUAUGAGCUUUACCGCGUGAUCUUUGACAUCACCUUCUUUUUCUUUGUCAUUGUCAUCUUGUUGGCUAUCAUCCAAGGUUUGAUCAUCGACGCAUUUGGGGAGCUGAGAGACCAGCAGGAGCAAGUGAAGGAGGACAUGGAGACCAAAUGUUUCAUCUGUGGACUCGGCAGCGAUUAUUUUGACACGACGCCGCACGGCUUUGAGACCCACACGCUGGAGGAGCAUAACCUGGCAAAUUACAUGUUCUUCCUGAUGUAUCUCAUCAACAAGGAUGAAACGGAGCACACCGGCCAGGAGUCCUAUGUCUGGAAAAUGUACCAGGAGCGUUGCUGGGAUUUCUUCCCGGCUGGCGACUGUUUCCGCAAGCAAUACGAAGACCAGCUCAGCUAGAGGCUUCCCCGGGCUAAACAGGAGGCAAGGCAGCUGCCCUGAGUCCCCCUCCCUUGCCCCCUUCCUUCAGCCCUAGAGAAAGGGGGGCAGCAGCAAAGCAGAGUGGGACACCCUGGCUGAGUCUCAAGCUUUGGGAGAGCCGCUUCAUUCCCCCCUCCCCCGUCAUCACCAUCAUUUCUUCUGCCUCUUCCUGUCAAGCCCCCUCCCCUCCACUGAAGAGAUGGGUAUCUCUGCCCCCUGGAGAAAUGCCCAGAGGGUCCCGGGCUGCUUGAGCUGAGCGAGCCUCCCACUUGGCCAGUAACUCUUCCCAGCUCUUUCCGGUCCCCUGGGGGGAAAUCCACACAAUAGCUUCCUUCCCAGGUUAACGCCCCGCCCCUCAGUAUCAAGUGCCUUUUAUUGGCCCUUACCCCAGGAGAGGGGAGGGUCUACAAACGGGGAAAGGGUAAAAUACUCUUUCAGACCAACCAGGAUAAGGUUGGAGUGAAUUUGCUCCCGGUUUCUGUCGCCCAGCGUAGUGGGGUGGCGGAGGAAGGCAAAGAGAUGCUGGUCUUCUAGCCCAGGUUCCCAAGAAGGGGAAUGCAGCCCCCUCCCUCCCCCCUCCCC